CAUGAGGAGCCGCCGCUGCCGCCACCUACGCCGCCCAGUGUCGCUGCCUCUGGGCUGGCUGGCACGGAGAGUCGCAGGUGGCGGCGGCGGCCGGGGGCAAUGGCGGCGCAGGGAGACUCGGAGGAGGUUCGCUACUGCGCGCGCUUCCCCUACCUCUGCCUCAAGUUCACGCUCGUCGCUUACUCCACCGUCUUUUGGUUGUUAGGGGCGUUUGUCUUAACUGUGGGCAUUUAUGCAGAAGUUGAAAGACAGAAAUAUAAAACUCUUGAAAGUGCCUUCUUAGCUCCAGCGAUCAUCCUGAUUCUCUUGGGCAUCGUAAUGUUCCUUGUGUCCUUCCUCGGAGUAUUGGCUUCUCUGAGGGACAAUAUAAACCUUCUUAAAGCUUUUAUGUACAUUUUGGGCUUUUGUUUACUCAUUGAACUAGUUGGUGGAAUUACAGCCUUAAUUUUCCGAAAUAAGACAAUUGAGUUUUUAAAUGAAAAUAUCGGAAGAGGGAUUCAGAAUUACUACGAUGACUUGGACUUCAAAAACAUUAUGGAUUUUGUUCAAAAGGAGUUCAAGUGUUGUGGUGGAGAAGAUUUUAAAGACUGGUCAAAAAAUCAGUAUCAUGAUUGCUCUGCUCCAGGACCGUUAGCCUGUGGAGUCCCAUACUCUUGUUGUGUUGCAAAUAAGACAAUGGUCAUUAAUACCAUGUGUGGAUAUAAAAUGAUGACUGAAGAGCGCCUGAGUGUUCAGCACAUCAUAUAUGUCAGAGGAUGUACAAAUGCUGUAUUCAUUUGGUUUACGGACAACUAUGCUAUCAUGGCUGGAAUUUUGCUGGGUAUAUUGCUUCCACAGUUUUUUGGAGUGUUGAUCACUUUGCUGUACAUCACCCGAGUAGAAGACAUAAUUAUUGAACACAAGCGGAAUGACACACUGCUUCAAGGAAGGAGGAGACAGAGCGAUGAUUAUGAGCCAGCUGGAGCUGGGUGCUGUAUGUGUUUUCCUGAGUAACACUAGGUUGCCCUUGGAACAAGACUAACAGUUAAUGUCCCCUUGCACUGUGCCUUGAAUGUAAACUUGAAUGGACUGUGAUUUGUAAGUAAUAGAUGACAGACGUCCUGACACUUUCCAGACAUCAUUAAUAGAAGGUAUCUCUACAUGUCCCUUAUUACAGUGAGAUUUGUUCCUAUGUUGAAAUCUGUUUUCUUUUGUGACAUCCCAACAAAUCUAACCAGUUUCCUGCUGUAUGAUAAUCCAGGAGAGAAAUAAUAGUAAUUUAUUCUAAGGUAAUUAUUAUAUACAAAUUGACUUUAUACUUAAUUGAACAGUAUAUAUAACAAGAUGAAAUUAAACUUUUCCCCCAUUACUGCUAGAAUAUGGCAAGUCAACCAGUGCAGGAAAUGUUUCACAAAUCCAGAUGUAUUGAUUACUCACCAUAAAAUGAUUCUGUGCCACACACACUUCUUUUUUUUUUUAAUGAAAGGAUAAUAUAUCUGGUUCCUAUAUAUUAUUACUUGGGUGAAUUCUUACUUUUCUAAAAACUUGGGCUUGCUGCAGUGUUGUUUUUAAAAUGAGCAUAAUUUUCAAGCUCCUCGUGCAGAUUACAUAAUCACCACUGCAAAUACUGUAAUUUUCUGGAAAUAAUCUAAUGUGAAGUCUUGUGUAGGAGUCUAGGUAAACACAGUUAACUUUCCAAUUCUUUCUGUGUUGAUUCCUAGACAAUGAAGUAUUUUAAGGAACUGGUUUUUAUCCUUGUGCAAUCAACUUUUCAUGCUGCUUUAUUAGCAGAUAACUGGGAAUUUUGGGGAGCCUUUGCUGUGCCUUUUGUACAUUCCUGAUCUAAUCCACUGUGUGAUCACUUUGUUAACUAAAAGCUGCUUAUUUUGAUGCCAAUUUUUAAAUGUCUGUUUUUACCUGUAUGGAGUUUCAUAUAUUUGAUAUCCCUAAUUAAUAUAUUUUUCUUCUGUUUCUAAAGAGAAUUCAGGGGUGUACAGAUGUGCCACUGAAAAAUUAUAUUGUUUACAUGAAAAAUAAAAGUUAUGGUUUUGUAAAAUAAAAA